AUGUCGGUUUCAGAGUACACCAACAAAUUCAAGCACUUGGUGAGAUUCAACACUAUGACGACCAGUGAGGAGUGGCAGUGUAGGAAGUUUGAGAAUGGGCUGAGGAGUGAUCUGAAAGUGUUGAUAUCCAGCCUAUGUAUUAGGUCGUUUCCUACGCUGGUUGAGAGGGCCAAGGUGUUGGAGAAGAAUGUGGCCGAAGUGGAGCAACAGAAGAAACAACAGCAAGUGGCUAGGGGAUCGGUUUUGUCGAGAUCAAAUUUGAAUCGGAAUAGGACGCCGUACGCUCGUCCAACACAACCAUCGAAUGCAAGUGGGUCUCAAUCUAUGGUUGUUGCCGGACAGUCUGGACAGUAUGGGACAGUUAAAUUUUUUCAAUGUGGAGGACCCCAUUUCAAGUCAUCCUGUCCUCAGUUGGUUGGAGGGAAGUAUUGCAAUCGCUGCAGAAGAAAUGGUUACUUGGAGAGCGAGUGCAAUAUGGGAGAACGAGCGACAAUGAGGCCGCCAAACGCUGGAAGGAUGCAACAAGGUCGGGGUGGACGAGCGCAGGCAGUGGGAAGAGUUUACGCAAUUGCGGGCGCUGAAGCAGCCAGCUCAGGUACACUCAUCAUCAACACUUGCUUAUUAUUUGGAAAGCCUUGCUGUGUACUAUAUGAUUCGGGGGCAACACAUUCCUUCAUCUCGAAGGCGUGUGUUGAGAAAUUGGGUUAG